GACGCGGCCCGUGCCAGCUCGCCACACGGCGACGACGACGCCAUCUGCGCGGCUGCCCGCCAAGCAGCGCGAGGGCGUAAACAAACGGGGCGUGCGUUUCGCGAGCCGCGAGUCGCGUCCGGUUCGCCUGCCGCCGAAGGUUUCGAGCGCUCACGUGGACGGACUGCCUCGCAUCAGGCUGGAUCCCAGCGGCACGGAGAGGGGCCCCGGGGGGCGGGAUGCCGGGUCGUCCCAGCAGCGCCCGCGCCUUCAGCCGCCCCCCGGCUUGCAGCGCUGCAGGUCCGACAUCGACCUGCACGAGAUGGCCGGCCUCCGAGACGGCGAACACGGGGGUGGUUCGACGCCGGUAGCCCAGAGGUCCCUGACGCCGCCAUUGCCGCGCGGCGCCAGGCGUCGGGACGUGAAGGAGAUGCUGGCUUGGCAGCUGCUGCAACUCAGCGUGCCCGUCGUGACGCCGCCGGCGCCGGUCGUGGUCCAGGACCCGCCCUCCUCCGGUGACGAGCAGGCCGAGCCGAGGGUCGUCAUCGACACGUCGUUCCUCGAUGGGUCGUCGAGCAGCGCACUCGCCCACUCUGCGCCGUCCUCGCCCCAGGAGGAGCCCUCUGGAGGGCGUCCUGGUGCCGCCGCCCCCGCCGCCCCCGCCGCCCCCGCCCCCGGCACGACGCCGCUGCAGGCCGGCUCGCCCAUGUCUCCGUCCGGCGCCGGCCAGCACGUCUUCAACAGGCAUGACAGACAGGCCCUGAAGCAGCUGAGCGUGAGCGCGCCGGCCAUGACGCAGGCGCAGGCUUGCGUGCGCCAGCAGUCCGCCGGCGUGGAGCCGGGCUCCAGCAAGUACCGCCAGAAGAAGUUCCACCGCCACUUCAAGCAGGUGGCGGCCGAGGAGCGCGUGCUCAACUAUUACUCCUGUGCACUUGUAGGCGAUAUUCUUCUUCAAGGUCACCUCUACAUCACGAAGAACUACUUUGCUUUCUACUCUAACGUAUUUGGAUACAUCACCAAGGUCCUCAUCCCCACCGUGUCCGUGCUGAAGAUCAGCAAGGAGAAGACUGCGAGGAUCAUCCCCAACGCCGUGGGCGUGGCCACGGAGGACGAGAAGCACGUGUUCGGCUCGCUGCUGUCCAGGGACUCCACCUACCGCUUCAUGGUGCAAGUGUGGAAGGCCGCCGUGAACGCCGGCCCGGAGAUAGCCCUGCCCAGCAAGGAAAUGGACUCCGUGAGUGGCGACAUUCCGUUGAACGACGACGAUGACGAUUCGUCGACCGGCAGCGAGCACUCCUGUCCCCCCACGCCCCUCGAGAUCGCCACGGAAAUCAGCCAUUCCGAAAGCUGCGCCCCGAAGCUGCCGCUGGGGCGCGUGGUGGCGGGCCACACGCUGCUGCGGCCCCCGCAGGUGGCGGCCCCCGGGGGCCAGGGGGCGGAGCCCGCGGUGGCCCGCCCCACCCUGCUGCUGCUCGUGUCCACGGCCCUGCUGGUGCUGCUGUUCCUGUCCGCCGCCCUCCUGCUGUACCGCAUCGGCCGCAUCCACCACCAGUUCGCCGCCAGCACCUUCCACGGCAAGGGCGACGUGUACCAGGAGAUCCUGCGCUGGCAGACGCAGCUGCACACCAAGUCUGCGAGCGAAGUGCAGGAGUUCCUCAGCUCGCAUCUCGACCAGCUGGCCAAGGUGAGGCGGUCGCUGGAAGCGCUGUCGAUCCUCAUCGUGGCCGAGGAAGAGGCGUCCCGGAGCCAGAGGGCGUCGUCCGACGCCCUGCUGCAGGACGGCAACAGUUAGCAUUGGGCGGGCACACACGCCUGGGCGGCGUCUAGCGGGACACGAGAGACCGUCAGCAUUGCCUGCUGCGCGAGGCACCUCGCCAGGUGGCAGGCGUGACUGAUUCACAAACAUUUCUAUGCCAUCAGUAUUUUAAAUGAUAUUAAGCGUGGGGAAAGAGUUGUCCAGUUCUAGCUCAAAUGACAGUGUUGCACAUCAUCGAAGAUGCAACCGAUUUCAGUUUCCAGGAAACAUGUGCAUGUGUAGAACGUGGUGUAUUUAAAAAAAAAUUGUGCACGAGUGUCGUAAUAAGAAAAUACAUAUAGCGUGUGUUACAAAAGAAGCUGAUGAUGCAUAACACUUGUUCAUUCCUACCCACAACAAAAUGAAAGAUCAAAUAUUUGAUCAGAAAGACUAUUCUCUGUUUAGCAAGUUUGCAGACCAAAAUUUUUUUGAACUUGCUUUUGCCAAUAAAUGUUACUGUCCCUUCUGUAGCUGGCUAUGUAGCUUUCUUGAUAGUGGAAAAAUUGUCUUGUGUCUAGCUUCAAAUAAUGUAAAUGCAGUGGCUGUUUUUAGAACAUCCCAAAAUAGAUCUCAUGUUUGCAAAUUGGUAUGAUUGUUUAUUUCUGUGAAGAGAUCUCUGGCAGUAAAAUUUCAAAUUAGUCAUUGAAAUAGAGGUAUUUAUCUGUCAAAUUAUUUUGGCAAUUUUGGAAUAUGCGAGCAUCAUAUUCAAUAUUAUGUAAUUUAUAGUUGUGUUUAUGUUGUUUGCCUUAAGUAUUGCUAUGCAAUAUUAAUAUGGUAAGGCCAGAGUGUCUUGCCAACCCUAGAAUAUUAACACUUAUUGGGGUUUCUAAUAAAAAUACAUAAAUUAUGCUUCCAUGUUUUUUUGUUCCUUAAAUACUGGUAUAAUAUCACCUUCAUAUUUUAUUUUUAUACUUCCUUUCCAUUACUUAUUAGAACACAUUAAAAAAAAUGUAUUAUAAUGUGCAUUCUUACUUAUAUUUUGUAGUUAAAAAAAAAAAAAAAACAUUUUUUAACAAGUGAGUAACAUGAGUUUUAUAAUGUGUUUUCUCACUGUUUAAAUAUUUUUGCAGAUGCUAACUAACCAUUGAAGAAAUUUGAAAGAAAUUGAGGCUGUAGUCAGCAUUAGAAGAUAAUUUAUUACUUAUCAAUAUACAUUACUGAAUUAAAUGUAAAAUUCAAUCUUCAAUAAGUAGUUAUGUAGUAAUAUCUUACAUAAAAUGUAGAAUUGGUUUCUUAACAUACGUAAAAGAAAUGGAAUUUCAAAUGAAAAUAAUAUUUUCAUUUGCAAAUUAUUUUUCAAAAUUCAUGUUGUAGUACAAAUUUUAAAUGUGAAAAUAAGUAACAAUAUACCAAUUUUAGAUAUAAAUGAUAGUUUCAAAUUAUCUGCUGUUAUUGGCCGAAAGGUAUUGGCUGUGAGCUCAAAAACAGUGAAAACUACCAUCAAUAAAAAAUAGGGAUUGUACAUAAAAAAAUUCAUAGUUUACAAUUUAUUUAAAGUUAUAUAUGUAGGUAAUUAAUAUUCCAGAGUUCAGAUGUGUCUUGAAUAGUUUAGAUGUAUCUUGAAUAGUUAUAAAUUAAAUUCAUCAAGGUAAAUGUUAAAGAUUUAGGUAUUAAAUUGGUGAGAUCAAAAUGCACAAAUAUCAUUCUAAAUAAUUAGCUUCUCAAAAAUAUUUCAUAAAUCAACAUUUGCUUUAAAUGUCCACCUUGCCAUUUAUUACAAACAUAAAUUUAGUGGAAUUAAAUAUGUACUUUAUUUUCGUGAACAUUAUCUAGGAAAUGAUGGUUAAAUCAAGCAUUUGAGAAUAUUGAUUCUUUGAACAAUAGAGAGUUUUGAAUGUGGUAUGAUAGUGUAUAUCUGUUAUCUCGGCUGUGAAUAAACAUGAGUUACUGUAAUGUA